AGAAUAAAAUCUCCCCUUUUCUUUUUUUUUUGUGUUUUUGGAGAUAAAUUGCCCAUUCAAGAAUUAUUUCACUUGAUUUGGUGGUACUAUUUGGAUAGCACGAAUAGAAGAAAAAUACAAUGAUCCUUUCUUAUCAAAGAGCAGUAAUGGAUGCCAUUAAGCUUUUUUGAUGGUGAAGGACGGGAUCCACCAUUCUAAACACUCCCUCAUUGCGCUGGUGCUUUGUAAUGCAAUGUAACCAAACCAGACGACCCAAAGACGAUGCAAAUGUGGUGUGGUGUUGACGUGCAGUGUUCUAAAUCCAGAAAACUACCUCAAAUUACGGGACAGCUUACCUACCCGCAAACACAAGCCUUCGCCGUUGCUAUCUUUCUCUCUCUCGGUUAUUAGUACCGUAUCCUUCGCCCAAACAAUUUCUCAGCUUUUUUUUAAAAGCCCAUUAGCUCUCUUCUCUUCUCUUCUUUCUUUCUGCCACCCUUUGUAAUAUCUUCUCUCCGUCUCUGCACCACGAUAAUCAAAAAAUACUUCUUCUUCAACUCGACUGGCUCAGAACAUAGCGAGUCGUGGACCUUGGUCACAAUUUAAAUCUCAUUGUUUUGUAUGCAGCUCUUGAAGUAAUAUUGAGAUUGGUAAACUGGAGAGGAAAAGGGCAGAAUUUUUUCAACAUUUUUGAUAAUGGAGAACCAUAAAACCCAAGAAACCCUCGAAGUUAAACUCCCACAUGGUAAAACCCUAGAAGCUCAAAACCCAGACAUCAGGAAUCUAGAAGAAGCUUCUGGGCCUUCUGACUUAUUUGGCUUAAGUAAGAACUGUAUUGUGUUAGAAUCGAAUUUGGAGGUUCCUAUAGAAGAUAAUGGGAAAGGUAAUGUGGAAUUAGUGAAAAGAGUUGAUGACAUUAAAGCAGAGAAUUUGGAUGCCAGUGGCAGUGGAAGUACGAUAGUUGCUGCUGAUGUGAAUAAUAUUGACAUCGAGAAGAGUUAUUUGGUGAACAAUGGUGUUGAUAGAGCAAUUGAGAAUGGAAACAGUUCCACAGUGGCGGGAUUGAAUGAAAAUUUAGUGGAUUUGAGUGGUGCUGUGUGUGAGGAUGUUGAAGUUGAAAAGACUCUGAAAGAUGAAGAUAUGAAGGAGGAUGAGCUGUUAGGAUUUAAUGGCGUCGUGUCUGGUAGGAAGUUAGAGGUUUGUGGAGGUAAUUUAUCACUUUAUGUAGACUUUUCUGAUUCUCUGAGCAGGGUAAGUCAUAGCAAUCUCAAAGACAUCGAUUGUUCUGGGUUGUUCGUUAGUCAAGAGGAGUCUAAAGAAGUUGGUAAUAUGGAGAUGGAAAAGUUAAUUGGCAAGUUCCAUGUAGGUGAUAUCGUAUGGAUUAAAACCAAAAAUAAGUCUUGGUGGCCUGGGAAGAUUUAUGAUCCAUUAGAUGCAAGAGAAUAUGCUGUGGAGAAUGAACAGAGGAACUGCCUGCUGGUUGGUUAUCUGGGGAUUAGCUACAUUGCUUGGUGCUUGCCAUCUCAAUUAAAGCCUUUUCAUGAGAACUUUGAACAGAUGGCUGGGCAAAACAAGGCCAGAAGCUUCCUUGGAGCGGUAGAGAAGGCGGUGGACGAGUUUGGUAAGUGCCUGAAAUCAGAGAUGACUUGUCCUUGUAUCCUUAAAAAAUUUUGGCAAUCAUCUAGCAAUGUUGAAGCUAGAGGAGUUUCUUUGCUAGGGAGCAGAUUUGGGGAAUUUUCAAGCAGCGUCUUUGAACCAGCGAAGUUUCUUGCGCAAAUUAAAAAUCUUGCACAGGCUGUCUCCAAGCUUGGCAUGCUCGAGUUAACUGUUGCGGAGAAUUUUUUGUCAGCAUUUUAUCAUUCCCUUGGACAUAGUCUAUUGCCUAUGGAACAACUCUGGGAAUCAACUGAUGACCUAGACAAUGCUGGUGACAAGUUAAUGACAAAAAGCCAAAUUGAUGCUCCAAUUGGAGGCCAAAAUUCAGGUCCUGCCAAAGGAAAAUCACAAAGCACAGAAGUUGAAGUUCUACAGCAGAAUAAGAUUGAAGACCAAGCCAUGAUUUUUCAUGGGGACCUGGAUACUACCACAGAGAUUUGCGAAGGCAUUCUUGUUGAAGGAAAUGGUGCCCCAGAUGAUCUAGCAUCAAAUUCCAAGAAGAGAAAAAGGAAGAGGUAUUCUGAACUUAAAGUUCAAGGUCAAGAAGUUAGUCUAUCAGCUUCUUCAUCUAAGGGGGAGGAGAUGCGUAUCUUGGGAUCUCCAACAACUGUAGAGAGGAGCUCUGAGUUGAGAGUAAGGAAGAAGAGCAAGUACUUAUCAUAUCCCUUUGUCAAUUGGGAACAUUGCGGCUUGCCAAAUGAAACAGAGGACCCUAAGGCUCAUGAAGCUUCUCAAGAGGCAGAAUAUGAAAAUGCCGUUGCUGGUCAAUUUAUUGGAUCCCAUUCGAUUUCUAAAUCUAGUGGGAAGAGGAUUCAGAACGAAUGGUUCAGAAAAUUCACAAGUGGGAAUGAUGCAUUGAGCAACCCAGAGUUGAUAAGUGCGGCCAAUUUGCUUUCUGAACUUUGUUUCACAGCUGUGGAUUGUCUGUAUCCAAAUAAGAGUAAAAAUUUUGAUUUAAUAGUGUGGUUCUUUUCAAGGUUCAGAAUAUCAGUAUAUCAUGACGAGUCCAUUUAUGAGAUGAAUUGCAAGAAUGUGACUGGGAGCAGGAACGAGGCAUUGCUGGGAAAGGAAACACAGGAGACAAGCCAGACUUUGCAAGAUGUCAAGACUGAGCUGAAGAUGCAGAAGAAAAAGAAAAAUGGAAACUCAGCUAGAUCAAAGAUUAAAUCUCUUGAUGGUUUAGCAGAUGUGAAUAUAAACAAUACAACUGAUGGCUUAUCUGUAGAAGAUUUCUGUGAGGUGGGCCCUCCCACACCUAAUGGAAAACCUGGGUCAAAGAAGAAAAAGAAGCAAGGAACAAUUCGUACAGAUCUCCACACCAACCAAACAACUAGCAUACCAGACUUGAAUAGCAAUGGUCCUAUGACCAAUUUGUUGGUAGAAAAUGCUGAGAUGAUGAGCCAUGUUGAACCUUGGCCAAAUGAGAGGGAGAAGUCAGUGGAUGUAAAUUCAAGUAAUGCAGAACACAGCACCCUGUUAGUAGAUUUGCAGGUGACAGGUCCAUUUUCGAUAAAUACUGUUCCUGAGCAAAGUAGGAGGAAGGGGUUUACUGCUAGUGGACCAACUUCAAAUGGAAAGUGUGCAAUUCUGGGCCUUUUGGCCAAUGGAGCUUCAUUUAGUGGCCCCCUCGCUGCCGAAGGUAAGCCUGGCCCAAAAAAAAGAAAGAGAAAGAAUAAAUCAACUUCUGGGCAGACUACGGUUGUUGCCAGCGUUGCUGGUUUAGAUGGGACUCCUGCUGAUUCCAGCAUGCUGGCCAAAUCUGAGAAUAAGAGAGGGAGACCGAGAAAGAAAUCAGUAAUGGGGAUACCAGAUAUAAACAUGAAUUAUAAUAAUAUAGAGACUAAUGAAGAAGCUCCAGGGACUGCUCUGCUAUUAAAAUUUGCUCCAGGAGUGUCCCUGCCGUCGAAAGAAGUUCUGGUUGCAACAUUUGUCAGGUUUGGACCCUUGAGGGAGUCAGAAAUACAGUUGUCAAAAGAUUCUGGUACUGCCCAAGUUGAUUUUGUGAAAAGUAUUGAUGCUGCAGAAGCAUUUAGGAGUUUAGAGAAUAGCAGUCCCUUUGGUGCAACCCUCAUCGAUUACCAACUUCAUCUCCUUGCAGGUGGUGGAGCCACUAAUUCUACUAAAGGUUUGAGGACACCUGCAAAGUCUUAUGGGCCAACGCCAAACCCUGCUGAGGGUCCUCCCAUUGACUUCAUAAGGCAGAAUCUAGAGAUGAUGACAUCAAUGCUGGAGAAGUCGGGAGAUAAUCUCUCUCCCGAAAUGAGAGCCAAAUUGGAGUGUGAAAUUAAAGGCCUUCUGAAAAAGCUGCUUUUAUGUGUUUUUGGAUGUGCUAGUCUCUGGUGGCAAACUCUUUAUGUCUCUCUUUGCAAAAUGAAACCAGGAGGAUUAUAUUGGCCUGGCCUGACUGAUCAUGCUGAUGAUCAAUUGAGGAACCAGAGGCGAAGUCUCAAGCUUUAUCACUUGGAAUCCUAAAUAUUCACUAUAGCAUUAGCUGACUGAGAGAAGGCAUUUAUAAAAUGUAUAUUUGCUUCAAAAAUUUACAAAAUGAAGAUAGCAUCUCAAGUGAGUUGAGAUAUGAAUGAAUGCAAUUUGACUAUCUGGAUUUUGAUAACAAUA